CUUGGAUUUCAAUCGUUAGUAGAUUGUUAACCAUUGGAGAGGAAAGUACCAAUCAGAAAAAAAGAACCAUGAAGUCGUUGUGUUUAUUAUGGACGUUUUUUACAUGCACCGUCGUUAUCUACGCUCUACCGGUCGACUAUAGUCAAGGAACAUCUAUUUCACGACCAAAACCUGGUUCUCCAUUAGAUGAGGUCAUUGUUGAAUCCUCAUUGCAUAUAAAAAAUAAAAAAACUCAAGCCAGACGAACAAGAGAUACAGAAAGUCUUAUUGCUAAGGACUUAACCGGCAUUCGUGUUAAGAGAGAACCCAGAAGAAGGCAUCCACAAAACAAUGACUCAUCUCAAUCAAGUGCUAAUGCAGCAGCCAAUGGCAAUUACUUUGGUUCAGAUGGAUUUGGAGCAUCAGCUGCACAAGCACAAGCUCAGGGAUUUUAUAGUGGUGGCAAAUUAGGAGGAUUCGGAGCAAAUGCUGCCAAUACUCAGACACAAAGCUUUAAUAUUGGUCCAGAUGGACUUCAUGCAACGGCAGGAGGUUCACUUAGCCAAGUUUAUAAUUUACCAAAUGGCAAAACAAUUAAUGUAAAUUUUGCGAAUAAUUUUGCAACUGGUGCUGAUGGAGAUGCUGAUAGUAAGGCUAGUGCUAUUAAUUGGUCUUAAAAUGUUUUUCCUAAUACUAAUCUGAGCUGUGUAAAUUGUAAUAGACAAAAAAUAAUGUAAAUAAAAACAAAAAUAUUAAUAAAUUUUAAUAAGACAACCGUUU